AUGGUUCCUCCAACAACUGAUGCGCCUGCGGCGGCCGAUGAUCCUGCCGCGGCUGCCACCAUUGCGCCGGGCGUGGCAGUGCGCGACCACCCGCUGUACGGCCGCUGCGCCUUUGCGAACCGCGCCUUUGCGGCAGGCGAGAUCGUUGUCAAGGAGGCGCCGCUGGUGGUGUGCGCCGAGGGCGGAGCAGGCAGCGCGCCGGACGAUGACCCCGCCGGCGCAUGGCUCACGCGGGCUUUUGCCGAGAACGUGCCCGCCGUCAGAGCGGCCUGCAGGGGCGGCGCCACCCCCGACGACCUGCGCCGCCUGUGCGUCUGCUACCUCGCGUUCUGCGCCGCGGCGCCCGAGGCGCGCGAGGCCGUGCUGGGCGGCAUGCUGAACGAGGCCGGGCCAGACGCAGCGGACGCGCUCGUCGUGCAGCGCGCGCAGCACGCGGCCGGGUUCAUACGGGAGGUGCUCGUGCCGCGCGGCGCCGCGGACGGCACGCUGCGCGACCCGCCCGGCGACGCGGCCACGGUGCUGCGCGUGCUGCUGUCGUUUGAGCUCAACGCGCACGCGGUGGGCGGCAGGGGCGCCCUCUUUGCCGUCGGCAGCAAGUUCACCCACACCUGCGGCCAGCCCAACUCUGUCUUCAAGUCGUGCGGGGGCCUGGGCUACCACGUGGCCCUGCGGGACAUAGCCCAGGGGGAGCUGCUCACCACCACGUACCUGGAGGGCGGGCCCAUGCUCAUGGCAACACCUUACAGGGAGGUGUUCACGUUGGAAGGCUUCGGCUUCCGCUGCCGCUGCCCGCGCUGCGCCGCGCCGGCCGACGACAUGCGCUGCCUGCCCUGCCCCCGCUGCGCCACGGCGGCCACGCGCCGCGGCGGCGACGGGCUGCUGCCCAAAUCGGUGGCGCUGAAGGGCGCGCGGCCGCCGGGCGUACUCAUAUACACGGGCGGUGCGGCAGCUCAGGACGGCAGCAGCGGCGGCAGCAGCGGCGGCGGGGAAGGGCCGGGGACAGCAGCAGCAUCAGCAGCAUCGUGGGUGUGCGGCUCCUGCGGCGCGGCGCUGCCGGACGACGACGCGGCCCUGUUCGGCGGCGGCGAGCGCGUGGCCGAGGUGGCGGGCCUCGCGCCCAACGGCCGCGUGGAGCGCGGCGCGGGUGCGCUGGUGCACCAGGCUGACCGCGACAUGGGGGAGGGGCGCGCGUCGCGGGCGGGCGUGGCGCGGCUGCUGGAGGUUGUGGCGCGGCUGCUGGGGCCGGAUCAUUGGUCCACGGUGGCGAUGAUGCGGGGUCACUCGGAGAUGCUGCUGGCCGAGCUGCGCUCAGCGGCAUCAAACCCCACCAGCAGCAUUGGGAGCGCCGUCAGCGCCCUGCUAGAAGACCUGCAGUCGAACUGGAAGCUGCGCUGCAGCUGGGUGGACUCCAGGAGCGGCCUGGACGCCGGGCACACGCUGUUCCAGGAGAUUGUGGCCCACGCCUGCGCCCUGUACGAGGCCUACCCACCCCUGGCGCGCGCCCUUGGCGCCCCGCACCCGGCGGCGGCGCGCCUGCUGUCGCUGGCCGCCUGGCUGCGGGGCCGCGUUGUGCCGGCGCUGGGGGUGCUCAAGGCCGGGUGGCCGCUGCCGCAGCCGCUGGGGAUGGUGGCGGCGCUGGACGCCGCGGCGGCAGCAGCAGCAGCCGCAGGUGCGCCGGUGGCGGCGCUAGAAGGGGCCGACGGCAGCAGCGGCGGUGGCGGUCUACCAGAGGGCGGCGGCGGCGAGGGGCCGAGCAUGCAGCAGCUGCUGGACUUUUUGCCCAGCAGUGGCGGCAGCGGCAAGGGGGGCAAGGCCAAGAAGAAGAAGAGUGGCAGCGGCGGCGGUGGCGGACGUAAGAAGUGA